GUGAUACCCGGCCUAGAAGGGACUUGAGUGACAUCUGAGUUCAAGUCCCAUCUCUCUCACUGAAGACCCUGAGGCCCAGAGAGGUCUUGGCCAUGGCUCCCUGGAUAGCUUCCCUGUCUCUGACGGCCCUGCUGGUCCUGUCUACCCCACCAGCCGGCAAGGCCCUUGUCAACCAGCACCUGUGUGGCUCCCACCUGGUGGAGGCCUUGUACCUGGUGUGUGGGGAGAGGGGCUUCUUCUACACCCCCAAAGCACGCCGGGAUGUGGAGCAGCCUCUGGUGGGUGAAGCCGGAGGGGAAGAGCUGCCCUUCCCGCCCGAGUACCAACUACAGAAACGAGGCAUCGUUGAGCAAUGCUGCAACAGCAUCUGCUCCCUCUACCAGCUGGAGACCUACUGCAAUUAGCGACCCCCCACCCCCACCCCGGGACUGUGCGCUCUAGAAGGCGCCUCCUGCCCGUAGAGCUUUGCAACAACUGAAUAAA